UAUACAACAUACCAUAUUGAUGAUGUUUAACUGCUUGCAACAGUGUGUUUUGGUGACAAUUUUCUUAACUUUCUCGGCCUUGGUAGCUUCCCAGGACGAUGUUCCCCCUGGAGCUGCUACACUGGCCUUUGUGUUCGACAUUACCGGGUCUAUGUAUGACGACUUGGUUCAGGUCAUCGAUGGGGCAGCUAAAAUUAUGGCUACAACGCUUGCCCGUAUAGAAAAACCACUAUAUAAUUAUGUACUUGUACCAUUCCAUGAUCCAGAUGUUGGUCCUAUUGUGAUAACGAAGGACCCUGAUGAAUUCCAGACUGAGCUCCGUAACCUAUACGUCCAGGGUGGUGGGGAUUGUCCUGAGAUGAGUGUGAGGGCUAUCAAGGAGGCCCUGGACGUGUCCCUCCCGAACUCUUACAUCUAUGUGUUCACUGACGCCUUAUCUAAGGAUUUCUACCUUGGGGAGGAGGUUCUCGCCCUCAUUCAGCAAAAACAGAGUCAGGUUGUGUUCGUACUGACAGGGGACUGUGGGAAUCCCUUGAGUCCCGGAUACAAAGUCUACGAGAGAAUUGCCUCCACCAGCUCUGGUCAGGUUUUUCUGCUCAAAAAAGACCAAGUCAACCAGGUGUUAGAAGUUGUCCGUCUGACGGUCAAGGCCAGAAAGGUGAACCUAAUGUCUGUGGACCAGGAAAGAGCUAACUCCCAGUUUAUACAGAUUCCUAUAGACUCCAGGCUCCAGGAGUUCACUGUGUCGCUUAGUGGUUCUAAUCCAAAACUCAGACUUUACAACCCUAAAGGUGCAGAGGUUACAGUCAGUAAUGGUCUUUAUGAAUUACUGGACAUUAAGAAUGUUAAGGUGGUCAAUGUUCGGGGUCCAGACCCUGGAAUGUGGCGACUACGUGUGGACAGUGGGAGUGCGCAUACACUGAGAGUGACAGGACUAAGCAAAAUCGACUUCGCGGCCGGAUUUGCCAAAGAAAAACCACGCCACAUAGCUGCUACAGAGUUACGGCCCUUAGAAGGUGUUUCUAGUUAUGUGCUGGUCAAUACCACAGAUCUAGAUCCUCCCGGUUACUUACAAAAACUGCAGCUGGUCAGUCUGAAUGGCAUCGUACUGUCUGAGUACCCCCUCCAAGUGGACACGAGCCUCAAAAAUAUUUAUUUGACAGAGGCUUUUAAACCUCCAUCUAACUACUUCUACGUUAAGGUUGUAGGAGAAGAUGACAGAGGUAACGUAUUGUGGAGGACAACGCCCACUGCCAUAAGUCCCCGGACACCUGACCCACCCACUGUGUUCAUGCCUGAGAUUACACGGAGUUUCUACCACUCAACAGCUACUAUAGUAUGUACGGUGGAGUCGGUCAUUCCCUUCACCGUCCAGUGGUACAAGAAUGGCCGUAAAGAAGGAUCGGAGGUUCUUUUCCAAGAGUCGAGUGAUGCAACAUAUCAGAUUUCAACAGCUAGUACUCGUGAUGAAGGCAUCUACACAUGUAAUGCCACAAGUCGCUCCGGAAGUACAGCUAGGACCACCUUACUGGAUAUUAGUGAACCUCCACCUGAUAUUGCCCCCACUGUCAAUGUGUCCGUCUUACCUGGAGACAGUGCUUCACUGGUCUGUAAUGUAUUCAGUACCGUCCCGUAUAAUGUCACAUGGUAUGGACCUCGGGGACUCAUCCGUAACAAUCAACAGUUCAUUAUCUUCAAUAAUGGAUCCUUAAUUAUAAGAUCUGUUGACUUGAAAGAUGAAGGACAGUAUGUCUGCAGAAUUGGCAAUGAAGGAGGGUACUCUCAGGAAAAAGUGUUCCUGAGAAUUCAAGUGCCACCAGAUGUUUACAUCAAACCUUCCCAACAGACCUUUGAGGUCCGGGACACUGUGACCUUGAAUUGUUAUGCUGAUGGAUUUCCUCUGCCAUCUUAUUUCUGGCUGAGGGACGGAGCUUUGGUUAUCCCUAACAACAGGAUAUCUAUAAAUAACAACCGACUGACUUUUACCAACAUGGUACGGAGUGAUGGCGGGGCUUACACUUGUCUGGCAGAAAACCUGGCUGGAGAUGACACUGCAACAGCAACACUUCAGUAUAUAGAGAGACCCCAGAUUGAUAUGUAUGAGAAGAAAGUUUUGGUUGGAAGUGGGGACAUGGCCACACUUCAGUGUUCUGCCAAAGGUAUUCCUUCACCUGAAAUCCACUGGUUUAAAGGGGAACUGGAGUUGAAGCAGCUUUCAUAUGUAAAGAUAGCAGCUAAUGGUGAUCUGUCGAUUCUGGGGGCCCAGGAACAAGAUGAAGGGGACUACAUGUGUAUUGCCACCAACGCCGCAGGAAGUGACUCAGUCAUUAUUAACCUAGAGGUCGGAGCUGAUCCUAGGAUCACAAAGGCUCCGUUUAACAUGGGAGCUGACAUCUCCACCAACACGUCUCUACCCUGUGAGGCUACUGGUGACCCCGCCCCCAGGAUCUACUGGCUCUUCAAGGGAAACCCCGUCAAAACGGGGGGACGCUUCAGGCAGGACAAGACUGGCAAUCUGUUCAUUGACAAUUUGAAGUACACAGAUGAAGGAAGGUACACGUGUGUUGCUCAGAAUCAGUUUGGAAUGCAUGAGAUCUCAGCAUAUCUCAGCAUUACUGGCAUAGUGAGUCCUGUGAUUGCCUAUACAAACCCUUACCUCGAUGUGGUGGAAGGGUCAGAGGUGGACCUCAGUUGUGUGGUCAUCCAGGGUAAUCCCUCCCCGACCGUCCACUGGCAGAAAGGUUCUAAGGUGUUAGAAAGCAGUGAUCAUUUCAAUGUGACAAAACCAGGGGAGAUAACCAUAAAAAACAUUCAGAAAUCAGAUGAAGGAGACUUUAUUUGUGUCGCCACAAAUGUGGGAGGAAACUCGACGUACAUUGUUUCUGUUAAUGUCCAAGUGCCUCCACGUCACACCUUUCACAAAGAGGAUGACAGUAAAAAUAACUUCACGGUGGUAGAGGGUGGGGGGAUAAUCCUGCCCUGCAGUGUGGAGGGUGAUCCCCGCCCUACCAUAGCUUGGUAUAAGGACGGGAGCCCGAUCUCAUUGACUGACUACCACUACUUUAUCAGGGAGGAUGGUAGUCUGGAGAUCUUUAGUGCCGACCCCCAGGACAGCGCCACCUACAGGUGUUCUGCUACUAAUGAGGCCGGAGAUGUCGAUAAAACUGUGCAGCUCUUUGUUCAAGUGCCCCCAGAGAUAGAGGGUGACGAAACAGAGGAGUAUACCAUCACUACGGGCGAGACAAUCGUGUUGCCUUGUGUUGUGAAAGGAAAACCCACCCCAGAGGUCUCGUGGAGGAAGAACUUUGUCCGAUUCUCACCCGAUUCCUCCGAGCGUUUCCUGUCCAGUAACAUUGGCUUGACAAUUUUUACUGCGGAGAUCUCAGACAGGGCUAUUUAUGAGUGUGUGGCCAGUAAUGUGGCAGGGGAGACAACCAAGAUUAUCACACUUAUUGUGCAGAUCCCACCCACAAUCAGCUCUGAAGGAGAGAGGGAUUUAGUGGUCCUGCAGGGGGAGUCAGCAUUCCUGAAUUGUGAUACACAAGGGGACCCAGAACCUCAAGUCACAUGGAAGAAGGAUGGGGUCAUUAUUGACCCCACCAGUGACCCUGACAUAACCUUGACCCCCUUUGGAUCUUUACAGUUUAGCUCUGUGAAGAUUCUGGAUGAUGGAAGAUACGACUGUAUUGCCUCUAAUCCGGCUGGCUCAGCACAGAAGGAUUUCACUCUGAUAGUACAGGAUCCCCCAUCUAUCCCUCCCUUUGUAUCCAACUUUACACAAGUGAUAGAGAACAACCCUGUGACAAUUCCCUGCCCUGCCGUAGGGACCCCACCCCCUGUCAUUAGAUGGUAUAAAGAAGACGUUCUGCUGACUGGUGACGAGAGUGGAGUUACCUUCCUUGAUGACGGAGCGCUGGAGCUGGACAAUGUGGGCGCCCAGGACACGGCGACUUAUAAAUGUGUGGCUUCCAAUCCAGCAGGGGAGAUUGAUCACUCUGUGGCACUUCAUGUACUCAUUCCACCCAGACUGAUAGGAGGGGAAAUCAAUUUAUCACUUGGGACUCCCAUCAAGACUACAGCAGUGAUUAAUAGCACAGUAUCCUUCCAUUGUCCACUCCAUGGCGAUCCAAAACCUGUCAUCACAUGGCAGAAAAAUGGGGAGGAUCUCCUUGAGGACGGGGUGAGAGUCUUUAUCUCGGACGAGGGACGAAACCUGACUAUUGUGAAUGUCGAGGUGUCAGAUAAAGCUCGGUACACAUGUACUGCCAGGAAUGAAGCUGGAGAAACAGACCUUUCAUUUCCUCUAGAUAUUUUGGUUCCCCCUAUUAUUGACUACGCCUCCCUUAGCCCUGGUAACCUCUCCGUGGUCCUCGGUAACUCCUUGUUCGUCAGCUGUCCCAUGUCCGGGAUCCCGCCUCCAAAAAUCACCUGGUACAAGAAUAAUGAGGUUAUCUCCCCUGAGUUGGACCCAAACUUCCGGUUGUUUGCUGCUGGUCAGCGACUGGAGUUGGCCAGUGCACGAGUGAGGGACACCGGGCUCUAUAGAUGUGAGGGGGUCAACAUUGCUGGCAAGACUCAAAAUGAAUAUGAAGUAGAGGUGUUCGUUCCCCCAUCCAUUCAGAGAGAGGGGGAGAUAGACCACCCUGAGGUUGUAGCAGGCCGGUCCAUUCAGUUGACCUGUCCAGCCUCUGGGAUCCCUCGGCCAGACAUAUCCUGGUUCAGGGCCAACAAGGCCAUCAAAGAGAAUUCUACAAACUAUGUCCUACUGGACGAGGGGUGGACAUUGUCCAUACUGAAUGCAUCUGAAGAAGACUCUACAAGGUUUACGUGUCGGGCUAUAAAUGUGGCUGGGAGUAAUGAAAAAGCUUUUGAUCUUCAGGUCUUAGUUCCUGCUUACAUUCAGCGUGACAAGAUAAAAACAGAGCCUAAAGUGAUCCUUAACAGAACGUUGGUCCUGAACUGUCCUGUGGCAGGAGUUCCUACCCCAGACAUCACUUGGUACAAAGAAAGGAUUCUUCUGGACUUCUCCAGCAGCCCUCGGGUGGAAGUUCUCUCCUCAGGGAGACAACUCCGGGUCCCCAAUGUUCAGCUUACGGAUGGUGGAACAUAUACCUGUGAAGCCACAAAUAAAGCAGGGGCAGACAAACAGGACUACAAAGUACAAAUACAAGUUCCAAGCAAGAUAAAUGAAUUCAGGACAAAUGUCAAGCCCCGGGUGAUUGUUAAUAAUCCGCUGACCAUCACCUGUCCAGCAACUGGCAUCCCUCCCCCAGUCAUAACCUGGUAUAAGGACGGAGAGAAGAUAAAUAUCACCGAGAAUGAAAACAUUCAGGUGGACAAGGACGGCCAGGAACUGACCAUCAAGGUCACUGGGGUCAAGGACACAGGUUCAUACAGCUGUGAGGCUUGGAAUGAAGCAGGUGUGGCUAAACUGGAUUUUGGUGUCUUUGUUGAAGUUCCUCCGUCUAUAUCUGAUACUGAGCCAUACCCUAAAGUAAGAGAAGGGGAGGAGAUAACAUUACAGUGCCCCACCUCUGGAACCCCUGAGCCCGAGAUAACAUGGCUAAAGAGUGGUCAGCCAAUAGACUUUUCUCUGACCUCAGGUCUGAGGGAACAGAAUGGAGGAAGAGAGCUACAUCUACACAAUGCUAUAGUAGACUAUGGGGGAAUGUAUACCUGUAUCGCCUCAAACUCAGCUGGGGAGGACUCAGUUGACAUGGAGCUGGAGGUAUGGGUUCCUCCUGUAAUUGACAAGGAAUCCUUUGAGAAAUAUACAGGGGUCAUAAAAGGUCGUACCACCGUACUGAACUGUCCCGCCCAUGGACUACCUCCCCCUAACAUCACAUGGUAUAAAGACGACACCCCUUUGGUACUGGACAAACGCAUGGAGCUACUGACAGGUGGUCUACAGCUGAAAAUCACCAACACCACAAUUAACGACACUGGGAUGUUCAAAUGUUCUGCCGUAAAUCCUGCCGGAAAGGACAGUGUAGAGAUGAGACUGGAGGUCAUGGUUCCCCCAUCCAUUGAUGAGUCCAAUGUAGUGUACACCCCCAAGGUGGUCCGGAAUCGAACUGUGAUAAUAGAAUGUCCAGUGUCUGGAGUGCCGGAGCCAACAGUCACCUGGAAAAUCAAUGAUGGUCCACUGAUCCCCAAAGACAGAAUCCACUUACUGAACAACAACAAACAACUGACCAUUGAUCAGGCUCAGGUGGCAGACUCAGCUGUGUACACAUGUAUAGCUGAAAACAAGGCAGGGGAACUACGCAAAAUAUUCCAGUUAGAAGUUUUAGUUCCCGCCCACAUCCUUACUGAGGUGUCCUCGGAUACAGAGUUAGUGACCAUACAGAAUCAGACCAUCAACAUUAACUGUCCAGCGAUGGGGAUCCCCCAACCAUCCAUCAUUUGGCUGAAGAACAGGGUACCCCUACUGGACACCUCAUACAGGAACAUGCGGGUCAUCAGCAAUGACCAGGUCCUGGAGAUCUCUAAUGCUCAGAGCAGGGACGCUGGGAAGUAUACAUGCACUGUGACUAAUGUAGCGGGCCAGGAAAAAAGAGUGUUCAAUCUACAGGUUCACGUGCCUCCAUUCAUUGCCACAUCUCAGGGGGAGGAGCUACAUGUAGCGGUAGAGGGUGGGACAGUCACCAUGAACUGUGAGGUGGGCGGUACUCCGGAACCUCUGGUCACAUGGCUUAAAGAUGGGAAUAUUCUUAAUAUGGAAGACAACACACAUAUCAGAAUCCUCUCGGGGGGACAGAUUUUCCAGAUUUUAGCUGUCAGAACAACAGAUGCAGCCAAAUAUACAUGUCAGGCAGAGAACCAGGCUGGGCUGACAGAGAAAUACUAUAGAGUACAAGUUCAAGUUCCACCCAGAAUUAAUGGUUCCCAGUUUCAGCAAAAGUCAGUGAUUGUAAACCAGCAGCUGGCUCUGAACUGUGAAGCUGAGGGGAUUCCCCCACCAAAGGUCACAUGGAUGAGGCAUCAUCAGAUUAUUCCUGCCUAUGGGAACCCUAGUGUCAGGAUUAGGGACCAGGGAAGACAACUCCUGCUGACUAAUGCCCAGCUCCUGGAUGAGGGGGAGUACACUUGUCUGGUUACUAACCCAGCAGGAAAUGCCUCAGUGGAUUUCUCUGUGUCUGUACAAGUCCCUCCUUCCAUUGAGGAAGGACCCACACAUGUAGUGGGGAUUGUGAACACCAGGGUGGACCUCUCCUGUACCAGUAUCGGACUUCCUGUACCUCAGGUCAAGUGGCAGAAAAACAAUGAGGUGUUUCCUACCACUGGACUGAGACACAGAAUGUUAGUGGGUGGGUCACUAGAGUUCAUAUCAGUGAGACUAGAGGAUGCUGGGAAGUAUAUAUGUACUGCCUCCAAUGAGGCAGGAAGUGACAGCAGGGAGAUAACUCUGGAUGUUCAAGUCCCCCCUAAGAUAGUAGGAGACACCCAGAGAAGUAUGCAGGCUGUUCUAGGAGAUGAUGUUUACCUUCCCUGUAAUAUGGAAGGAAGCCCUGAACCCACCAUCAUGUGGCAGAAGGGAACCUCCAUUCUAACUGGGGGUCCAGAUCACUACAUAAUGGCAAAUGGGACCCUUUUAUUGAGGAGGACGGAUGAGAGGGAUACAGGAAUGUAUAUCUGUAUAGGACGUAACAACGCAGGAACAGCCAUGGCACAAAUCUACCUCAGGAUGUUUAUUCCUCCCAAGAUCACAGGUGUGACGCAGACCCAGUACUCCAUACAGCAGGGUCGUAACAUCGUGUUACCCUGCCGAGCUGAUGGAAGACCAAGACCUCAGAUCUCAUGGGAGAAAGAUGGAGAGAAACUCUCUGGUAGCUACCAUUACAGGUUAUUACGAUCUGGUUGGCUACUGAUCCCUUACUCAAGACCAGAAGACACUGGAACCUACAGAUGUGUAGCCACAAACAUAGCAGGCAUUGAUGAUGUCAGCAUCACCCUUACUGUACACGUACCACCACGGAUUGAGGAGGGACAUCGUCUACUGACGGCCACGGUGGGAUCUACAGCCAGGUUACCGUGUAACACAACCGGUGAACCACGACCAAGCAUUACGUGGUUAAAGGACGGUCGACUUGUCAGGUCAGGUGGUAAAUACGUGAUUGAGGACUCUGGAACACUUGUCAUCAACUCACUGGAUAAAGAUGACACUGCAAGUUACACCUGUACAGCCAUUAAUGUAGCUGGGAGGGACUCGAUGGAUAGAGUCCUCAGGGUUCAAGAUCCACCCCAGAUAACCGUGGCCCCCAGGAGUCAGGAAGUCAUACAGAACAGCAGAAUUGUGUUGUCAUGUGCUGCCACAGGAAUUCCAGUUCCCACAAUAACAUGGACUCUAAAUGGAAAACCAGUCCCAGCUUCACCAAGUAUAAAUGGGCGGAGUUUCCUGUAUAUCUACCAUGCCCUCAGACAGGAUGCUGGGAUGUAUACAUGUAUCGCUGAGAACCCAGCGGGGAUUGCUACAGCCUCAGCUCCAGUCCUUAUGAAAGUGCCACCCCAGGUGUCUGUACCAGACAGUGAAGCCACGGUCAGUAUAGCUGACCAGGUGAUGCUUACCUGCUCUGUGGGAGGGGAUCCCAAUCCUGACAUCAGGUGGACGAAGAAUGGCCGACCGGUAGAACUCAGUGACCGAAUUGUACAGCUACGCAAUGGAUCUCUGGUCAUCUAUGACUCAACAAGUUCAGAUGCUGGAGAAUACAAAUGUGUGGCCUCUAAUGAUGCAGGAACAUCAGAGGGUGUUGCCAUGUUAACUGUCCAAGAACCCCCAAGUUUUAAGAUAGAGCCCACCAACAUGAGGAUAAACCUGGGUGACACAGUGGUGCUGGAUUGUGUGGCAGAAGGGGAGCCUACUCCUGAUAUCUCCUGGUUACGAGGCUGGAAAGACAUCGUCCAAGGGGAGAGAAUCUCCAUCCUACCUAACAACUCACUCAGGAUUAUUGCCGCCCAGCUAUUAGAUGCUGGCCUCUAUAGAUGUAAGGCAGCCAAUAGACUGGGAAUCACUAUUGUGGAGGCUAACAUGACAAUUGUGGUACAUGGUCGGUUUUCUCAGUGGACGUCCUGGGGGUUGUGUAGCAGUACAUGUGGAGUGGGGCUACAGUUCAGAACCCGGGAGUGUGACAGUCCCCCUCCCCAAAAUGGAGGGAGACAAUGUAUAGGAUCCUCCCUGGACUCCAAAACCUGUGUGUCAGGACACUGCCCUGUUGAUGGGGACUGGGGUAACUGGUUGCCAUGGCAGCCCUGCAGUGUGACAUGUGGAGAAGGGGAGAGAACUCGUGAGAGAGUGUGUAACAAUCCAGCACCUCUACACGGUGGUCUCCCCUGUCAGGGACCAUCUCUAGGCACAGACAUCUGUAAUGAGGGACCAUGUCCAGUUGAUGGUAGUUGGAGUGGAUGGAGAUCUUGGGAGGAGUGUAGUGUCUCCUGUGGGGAGGGAGUCCAUGAGAGAAGGCGGCUGUGUGACAACCCACCCCCUCAGUAUGGAGGACACCAUUGUCAUGGAGAUGGUGUCCAGCUAAAAACUUGUUCAGUACAGCAAUGUGCAGUGGAUGGUAUGUGGGGACAGUGGAACCAUUGGACCUCCUGCUCUCAGAGCUGUGGUGGAGGAGUAAGGUCAAGGUCACGGAGAUGUGACAGCCCUGCCCCCAUUUAUGGAGGAUCAUCUUGUUCAGGCCAGGCCACCCAAAGAGAUUACUGUAAUCCUGAGCUCUGCCCAGUUCAUGGUAACUGGGCAGGAUGGGAGAGUUGGGGGGCUUGUUCUGUGAGUUGUGGGGUGGGACUCCAGAAGAGGUUUAGGACAUGUUCUAACCCGGCCCCCAGCAUUAAUGGUCGUCCCUGUAUAGGAUCUGGUGAGGAUAAUCAGCAGUGUAAUGGACCACCAUGUCCUGUGGAUAGUGAGUGGGGUGUUUGGGGUGCUUGGUCUUCAUGUUCUCAGACCUGUGGGGCGGGGUACAGGGAGCGUCGCCGUGUGUGUAGCACUCCCCGGAAUGGAGGGCGAUACUGUGUUGGAGAUGACAUCCAGAGAGACCUCUGUGCUCUGACUCCAUGUUCCAACAUGCCCACUAAGGCCUUUGGGACACUGGUAGGAUAUAUCAAUGGAGUAGACCUGACUGAUUCUACCAUUAAUGCAGUAAUGACACCAAGUGAAGAUGGGCAGAACAUCAAGGUGGAAGCUACCAUCAAAGACUUACCUCCCCUUAUGGGGAGGAAUGUUCAGCAUCUGGUGUCCGUACUGAGUCCUGUCUAUUGGGUGACUGCAUCAGAAAGGGGAGGGGCCAAAAACGGAUUCUCCCUGACAGAUGGGAAAUUCUCCAAGGAUGUCCAGGUAGAAUAUGCCACAGGAGAGAUUGUAGAGAUGACUCAGUAUUCUAAUGGUGUAGAUGAGGAUGGCGUAUUACAGAUAGAUGUCAUUGUUAGGGGGAAGGUUCCUGACUUGUCCCAGGGGUCAGGAAUGGAACUGGCCCCUUACUACGAAAACUACAUACAGACUGGACAAGGAAAUAUUUUUGCAAGAUCUUUCCGCACACUCAAGGUGGAUGGUCACCUUUUGCCCUAUACAUGGAACCAUUCCAUUACAUAUGAGACAACAGAAAUAAUGCCCUUCCUGGUGGAGACGCUACGUACCAAGGACAUUACAACGUCAGUCAACCCGACAGGUGACCAGGUCAAAUUUACACUGCUUACCAACGUUUCUCCAGGAACUCCCAGUAACCAGUGUCCCUCAGGGUUUCACCUAGAUAACAGUGGACAGUUCUGUCUGGAUAACGAUGAAUGUUUCCCUGACAACCCCUGCUCCCAUCAGUGUCAUAACUCACCUGGGAAGUUUGCCUGCUCCUGUCCACAGGGAUAUGUUCUGGGUCCUGGCGGUAGGACAUGCGAGGACGUGGAUGAGUGUCGCCGGAACAAUGGGGGAUGUAGCAGGGAGAGGGAAUGUCUGAACACAGUGGGAUCCUACCAUUGUGUGGUGGUCUGUAAGGCAGGAUACAGGAGGAAUGAGGACAUGUUCUGUAUAGACAUAGAUGAAUGCUCUGAAGAUCCUCUGAUCUGUGGUCAGCAUUGUGAGAAUACAGCAGGAAGUUAUCAAUGUUCCUGUUCUCAGGGGUUCAAGCUUAAGUCAAAUGGCAGGUGUACAGAUGUAAAUGAAUGUUUGGAGGGACUGUCUGCUUGUUCCCACAUCUGCAGGAAUCGGAUCGGAAGUUAUCUCUGUGCCUGUCCCUCAGGCUUCAGACUCGCCUCCAAUGUCACUUGUCAAGAUAUUGAUGAAUGUAAGGAAAGAAGCCAUAGAUGUACAGGGGAACAGGAAUGUCAGAAUACUGAGGGCAGUUACCAGUGUACCCAGAAAUGUAGCGAAGGAUACCAGGAGAUUAAUGGACGAUGUGUUGAUAUAGACGAAUGCUUCCUGAAUACUCAUGGAUGUUACUCCAAUCAACUGUGUGUAAAUUCCCCUGGAGGGUACACUUGUCAGUGUGAGAAAGGAUACAGGUCUACAGGAAUUGGACAGCCUUGUCUAGAUAUUGAUGAAUGUGCAGAAAAUCCAAGUAUAUGUGUUGACCAUUGUCGAAACACCCAGGGCAGUUUUGUGUGUAUUUGCCCUCCAGGACAAAUCUUACUGGCAGAUAAACGGUCAUGUGCUGGGCUAGAGUAUUUGGAAUCCGAUCCUAUUGAGACUUUGCCUAAACGUAGCCAUAGCUACCAGAAUUCAAAACCUUUUGGACAAAAUGGUGGGCCUCAGCAAGGCUGCGCUCAUUCCAGCAAAUGUUUAAGACGAAGUAAAAGAUCCCAAUGUCUGUCUGGGUUCAGAUUCAAUUCAACUUCUAAAACUUGUGUAGAUAUCAAUGAAUGCAGGGAGGAUCCAGGUAUCUGUCAACACAACUGUAAUAACACUGUAGGAGGAUAUCAGUGUGUCUGUCCCCCGGGCUAUAAAUUAGGCAGAAAUGGCAGGAAUUGUGUGGAUAUCAAUGAAUGUAUCACCUCCAAUAUUGACUGUGGACCAGAGAGAAUGUGCUUCAACAAGAGAGGGGAUGUCAGCUGUAUAGAUAUUCCCUGUCCUGAUAACUACACACGGGAUCCACUUACAAAAUACUGUGUAUUGGAGUGUGUGGAUUCCUCUCUAUGUCCAGAGGGCGCUGAGUAUGCUGAUGUCAUUGAGUUCAGAACUCUAGCUCUUCCUAGUGGAAUUUUACCUCAGCAGGAUUUGAUAAGACUCACAGUGCUGAAUCAAAAUAAUGUUAAAAUGACUAAAAAUGACUUCAUUAUCCUGGAGAAUGACCCUAAAGUGGAUUUCCAGUUAAGGCUAUCAGAGGGGACAGGAAUUCUGUACACAGAACAACCGCUAGAGGAGUUAGAGACAUAUAAGAUCAAAGUGAGAGCAAAAUCUUAUAAUGCCAUAACAGGAGUCUUACAGUAUCAAACUACAUUUAUGAUUCAUAUAUCAAUUUCAGCAUACCCAUAUUGAUUAAAGACUACUUACCUGUUUGAUUUUAUAUCAUUUUUGAUGAUUUCAUUUUGAUAAUGAAUGAUUUUUAAAUACAACAUGUUUU